UACUUAGAAUAAAUUCAGAAAGACAUAUAUAAUCAAUAUGUAAUUAAAGUUCAGGAUUCUAAAACUUUCACUUUUUAUCCUCAUUUAACUUCAGUAAAUUAUAUUGAUGACAAAAGCUCAUUGAAGGUGAUCAUACGGGUAAUUAAAAUUAGAGCUGAUGUUUUGAACUUAAAUUAUAAACACUUCUAGCAAACAAAAAAUAAUUAUAGCAUGUGUAAUACAAACGAAACAGAAGAUUUCUAUCACUUCCUGGCUGCUUGUCCGAUACUCUCUGAAUUUAGAAUUAAAUGGUUAAAAUCUAGAAAUUUAUCUCGGGAUCAAGUAAUAUAUUUAAUAAAUGGAAACAAUUUGCAGAGAAUUUAACAAAUAA